CCGAUACAUAUGUUCUCCCUGACGACAGACCAUCCCGGCCCCAUCCAGCACGACCCGCAAGCAAGCACACACCACCAAGCGACACCAUGGGCCUGCUGACGAUCCUGAAAAAGAACCGGCAAAAGGAGAAGGAGAUGCGACUCCUGAUGCUCGGCCUUGACAAUGCCGGCAAAACCACCAUUCUCAAGAAACUCAACGGCGAGGACAUCACCACCAUCUCGCCGACCCUGGGCUUCAACAUCAAAACCCUGGAGCACAAAGACUACAAACUGAACAUCUGGGACAUUGGUGGCCAAAAAUCCAUCCGAUCCUACUGGAGAAAUUACUUUGAGCAAACGGACGGCCUCGUCUGGGUUGUGGACAGUGCCGAUAGAGCCGAUCGCUUGGAAGACUGCAAGCGCGAACUUCAGAGCCUUCUCCAGGAAGAGAGACUCGCGGGCGCCUCGCUGCUGAUCUUUGCCAACAAGGCCGAUCUUCCCUCCGCCCUUGGUGCCCAGGAAAUCCGUGAGAUCCUGAGCCUCGAUGAAAUCCAAACGCACCAUUGGCACAUCGAGGGCUGCAGUGCCGUCACCGGAAAGAACCUCGUCAACGGACUGGAUUGGAUUGUCAACGACAUUGCCUCCAGAAUUUACAUGCUUGAGUAAAGCGACCCCGGUGGACACCAGGGACAGACAGACAGACAGACAGACAGACAGACAGACAGUCCGCCCUUGCAUCGCACGCUGUGCUCAUGCCAAUAUAUGGCUGAUCCAUGAUCGCCGAUUAUACACUGGACACAUAGCAAAUGGGACAACACAGCCGUUUCCAUGAACAUGUAGUAUGUGAUGUGCUUGCGUCCAGCAAAGCCACAAGAAAUAAAUCAAAUCACUUUGGCAGCCUCCGAGUAAAGA